AUGAAAAACGGUAACUGCUGUUGGCAAAGUGUUACUGGUAGAAGGUUGCAACUCAAGUCUGGCGACAUUGCGGACAUUUCAGAGAUCGAGAGACGUCAUCUGCAAAAGGCCGCAUAUCACAGACUCCAAGCAUAUAAUGUAGGACCUAUCAUCUUGCCAAGAGACCCUCUCCAAAAGCGACACAAGAAGGGCGGUCUGCUUCGAUCUGGGAGACAACGAACGUCGAGCUUUCUGGACAGCCUUAGGGAUAUGACAAGAGAUAAUAAAGAUGGUAGCUCGGCGCCACUGGUUUUCGGCAUUGCCCUAGAGAAGUGCAUCCGAAACGAUCGAGAGAUGAGGCUGUACGAGGCAAACAAGCAGAGAGAAAGGCGGGAAAGUUUGGAUCUUGCCCAGCCACUUCUGACUCCCUCAACCGUCAAUCAUCUUUCCGAACAUUCCAUGUCGAGUUCAAACAAACUUGCUCGUUCGAUCAGUUCCCCGUCGUCAUCACGCAACCGCCACCCGACUGUCGGCACGGAUUCCAAUGCUACGCUACUCAAUGCGCUCUCACUUUCCACUGCAGCAAUGGACGAAUGCCGGCAGAUGCGUCGCAAGAGCCUGGCGCCGCUCGAACCACAGGUUCCGAGGUUGGUGUCCCAGUGUUUUAAGCAUCUUGAGAAGCAUGGGGUUCGAGUCAAAGGCAUCUUCAGGGUCGGCGGAUCAAAGAAGAGGAUUCGACAGGUAGGUAGAUUUUUUUUUUACUCGAUGACGAAGAUGACGGUGAUAGUAAUGAUAAUGAUCAUAAUGGUGAUGAUGAUGAGGAUGAUGAUGAUGAUGACCGAGGUCAAUACGUCAUGUGGGUUCAAUGAACUUCGACCAUGUUGGGGGAAUCAAUAUUGAAAUCUUGACCUAAGGUUAAGUUUUUGAAAUGCCAUUGUAACUUAGUAUAGAGACCUAGUUCAUGAAACUUAGACAUAAGGGUUAUCAAGUAUUACUGAACAUUCUGACUUAGUUUAAAGUCACAUGACAGAGGUCAAAGGUCAUAAGGGUCAAUUAACUUUAGCCAUUUUGGGGGUCUUUUUUUAUUACCAUCAUUAUCUUUGAACGUUUAUAGACCUGGUUCAUUAAACUUGAACAUAAGAGUAAUCAAGUAUCAGUGAACAUCCUGCGUGAGUGUCAGGUCAUGUGACCAAGGGUAAAGGUCAUUUAGGGUCAAAGAACUUUGGCCAUGUUGUGGGUAUCUUUUUUUAAAGUGGCAUCACUUGGAAAGUUUAUGGAUCUAGUUCAUGAAAUGUGGACACCGCUGAUCGUUUUGCACAAAUCUUACGUCGCAUGAUGAAGGUCUAAUGACAUUUGUGGUCAAUGAACUUAUAUAAUUUAUUAUCACAUGAAUGGUGCUUAUUAUGAAUAAUUAGUCGUUCUCAAAUUCAGCACUGCUGCUAUAUUGAAUCGCGUAAUGCAGGCGAGACUGCCAGAGGAUUUCCACUUGUUGAGAUUCUUUAGGUUCUUUUUAUUCUUCUAAAGAAAUCGUCAACUUUUCAGUUUCAAUGUCAAGCUUUAUUGGAGACCCUUUGUAAACUAAUUUGUUGAAAACGCACAGUCGAAUAAAAAAAAAGUUAAUUUGAUUUGAACAGCAUCAAAAUAAUCUCUUUUGAAUAUUUUCCAUUCUUAUUCUUAUGAAAUAUGAUAUUAGCUUUGUGCGUGAUGGAUAAUGUACUUACUGCCGCCAACUUGUACCCCUUCUCGCUACAUCGUGGUUAUAACAAAGUACUUACUUGGGGAAUCCAACGAUAAGUCAGAAAUAAGGACUCCGAAAAUGAAACUGAAGUAAUUGCAUCAAACUUGGCCUAGUUUUGACAACCGUAGCGUCCUCUUUACGAGAUGAAUUUAUCACUUACCCGGUACUUAAUGUACGCUUUCUUCUUUUAUACCUCUCUGUCCUUUUCUUCCGGUCUAAUUUUACAACAAAACACGAUAAAGGCUUGACCCUAUCUUUUCUGGAGGAUAUCCCAAGACUGUGCUUCUUCCAGAGUUUCUGUUUCUGCGGAGAAGCCAAAUUUCCAUACCGAAACAAGAAGCAUAAUGGAGCGUAUCUCGUCAUUACCAAUUACAUUGGAAAUUGAUCGUGUAUGGCUUGGGGGCAGAGUUCUUUUAUUAAUUCAAGGGGUAAACUUAAGGAAAUCAUAUAUUUUGAGGAAUAUUUCCAGAGGAGGCAACAUGUUGCUGAAAUUAUGGUUUACUUGAUGGCUUUUGUUUGUAUUUUUAACGACUAAAUUUUGUCAGCUGAAGGCGUGCAAUUAACGAUAGCUGGAGAUGGUGACAGCAACGACUUAUCGGAUUUCAGGUUGUAACUGUAUACUCUGGGGCUCUUCGUAGCUUUAAGAUGCAGUCCCUCCCCUAAAACUCCCCCUUCUCCCCCUUUCUUUCUGUACUUCUAUCUAUCUAUCAUUCCCUCAUUUUUUUUCGUCUCUCUCUUCACUCCUGUUCCCUCCCACUAUCCUCCAUCUAUCCAUCCUCAUUUUCACAAAUGUCCUUUUGUAUUAUCAGUGAUUAAUUUCUUUUGAUGAUAUUUUACCUUGCUCCACAAUAUAUAGUCUCUCUUUCUUAUUCUUUUUUAUUCUUUUAUAUACUUUCUUUCACCAUUUAUGCUUCCCCAAGUUGGAGCUUGAUUGUACCACAAAUGGUGUUCCUUUUUAAUAGCCUCCUCCCCUUGCUCCUCAACUUUCUCUUUCUUCUUAAAGGACAAGUCCACCCCAGCAAAAAGUUGACUUGAUUAACAAGAGAAAAAUCCAACAAGCAUAACGCUGAAAAUUUCAUCAAAAUCGGAUUUUAAAGUUUCGCUUGAUUUCACAAAACAAUUAUAUGCACAUCCUGGCCAGCAUGCAAAUGAGGAGACUGAUGACGUCAUCCACUCACUAUUUAUUUUGUAUUUCAUUAUAUGAAAUAUGAAAUAUUCUAAUUUUCUCCUCAUUGUCAAGGGAAACAACGAUUACUUCCUCCCUGAACAUUUGAAAUUAGCAUUGUUUAAUACUAUAUGGUUCAGUCAAGUUGGUCCUUAUUGUUAAAUAUGUAAAAAAUGAAAUAUUGUAUAAUUC